UCGGACCUGGAGCGAAUUGGGAUUUGACAGCGGGGCCGCAACCACCAGCCGUCCCCUCGCCGGCAGCGUGCGGGACCGAUGCUCUUGAAUGACGGGAGCCGCGGAGGCACGGGCCGGUGUCAGUGAGCCGAGGCAGCGUCCGGAGCGUGAAACCCGUCAUGUCGUUUUUCAAGAGGAAAGCCAAAAGCAAAGAACCUGAGAAAGUAACCCAUGCUAAAGUCAAUAGAGCCAGCCCUGACUCUCCAUCGUUAGGACUGAGGAACCAUGCCAUCCAGGAAGCUGCAGGGCCCAGCCAUGUGGCCAUCAACGCCAUCUCUGCCAACAUGGACUCCUUCGCCCGCGGCCGCACCGCCAUCCUCAAGAAGCAACCGAGCCACAUGGAGGCUGCGCACUUUGGAGAUCUGGGUCAUUCCAGUGUGAACUAUCAGCCGCAGGAGACCCGCUCUCGACUCUCCAAGACGGUGGACCAGGUCCUGCGUGACAAUGUGGCGAUUCCUCACUAUAUGCAUUUCAUGGAAUUGCAUGGCGCAGACCACCUGGUCCGGUUCUGGUUGGAGGCGGAGAGUUUCCGCUCCUCCAGCUGGUCGCGAGUCAGAGCGCACAGUCUGAAUUCUGUCAAACACAGCUCCCUGGCCGAGCCCGUCCCCGCCUCGCCAGAUGGUUCUGAGCUCCCAGCGGCGGCCUCUCACACGCCCAAUGCCCUCUCGCGGGACAGUAGCACCGAACGGCCGACGGUGCCAUCGGAGUGGCAGGACUCCCCCAGCACGGAGGCUGGCCUGAGACCCGGCACCCCCCGAGCAGACACACCCAGCCGGCAGGCGUCCUCCAGGACGGGGACUCCCUUCAAGGUGCAGUCUACCAGCACCCUGCGGGAGCUCUCUGACCAGCUCAUGAAAAGUAUAGAGAAAGAUGCAGUCACCAUCUUCACCAAGUUCAUCUCUCCAGACGCCAUGAGGCCCAUCCCCGUCACAGAACCCUUCAGAAAUGACAUAGUCGCUAAGAUAUGUGGAGAGGAUGGCAUGGUGGACCCAAACUGCUUCGUUAUUGCACAGUCGGUAGUGCUCGCCAUCUUGGAGCAACAGCACUUUUGUGAAUUCCUGCGGAGCCAUCAUUUCUGUAAAUACCAGAUUGAAGUGUUGACAAGUGGCUCUGUGUUCCUGGCUGACAUCUUGUUCUGUGAGUCUGCGCUCUUCUACUUCUCUGAGUACAUGGAAAAGGAGGAGGCGAUGAAUGUUCUGCAGUUCUGGCUGGCAGCAGACAACUUCCAGAACCAACUAGCAGAUAAAAAGGGCCAGUAUGACGGCCAGGAGGCGCAGAAUGACGCCAUGAUCCUCUACGACAAGUAUUUCUCACUCCAAGCCACAAACCCUCUGGGCUUCGGCGACUCUGUGCGGAUGGAGAUAGAGUCGAAUAUCUGCCGAGAGGGAGGGCCGCUCCCCGACUGUUUCACCACUCCACUCCGACAGGCCUGGACGACAAUGGAGAAGGUCUACAUGCCAGGCUUCCUGUCCUGCAACCUUUACUACAAAUACCUGAGUGACCUCAUCAACUCGGUGCGGGCGGAUGAGUUUGUGAAUGUCAGCGCUCCGGGUCAGAGCGGGCUUGCGGACAACAACCGCUCGGGUUCAAAUGCCAGCGAGGCCUCACAGGGAGCCAAAAGGGCAGCGAUAAAAAUCCUGAAAAACUUCGAUGAGGCGAUCACCGUGGACGUCGCCAGCCUGGACCCUGAGUCUUUGUACCACAGGCCGUAUGCUGGGAAGAUGACGUUCGGGAAGGUGAAUGAGAUGGGCCAGUUUAUCAGGGAGGCAGAGCCCGAGCCGGAUGUGAAGAAAUCCAAAGGCUCCAUGUUCUCUCAAGCCAUGAAGAAAUGGGUCCAAGGCAACUCCGAUGAGGCCCAGGAGGAGAUGGCGUGGCAGAUCGCCAAGAUGAUCGUCAAUGACGUCGUCCACCAGUCCAAUCACGACAGCCCCGGCAAAUCCACCAAGUUAUGACCUGCUAUGAAACCAAAGGAACGUCACUCCCUGCGGACACUGGCCAGACAGUGACAAGGCGUGCUCUGGGUUCACCCUGCAACAAACUGCAUUACUCUGAGAGCGAACAAGGCUUUUCUAUCACCUCCCUGACCACGUCUCCGUGCGCGCAUUUGUGUGUGUGUGAGUGUGUG